AUGCUGACAACCACAAAGCCUUCAUCUCUUGUAAGUCAGGAGAAAUAUACAACAUCUACAACGUCAGCAUCGUCUUCGAAUUCACCAACUAAUGGAGAAAGCAGUGUUAAUAGUAAUAAUAACUUAACAGAAUUCCUUACAACCACUACAACGACACCACCUUCUUAUUCUUUAUUAUACUGUUGGACAAUAUUAUGCACCUAUAUAGCAACUACCAAUUCAUCGAAUCGCUUGAAAAAUAGCACAAAACCAGUUCAUCAAUCCUCUCUGACAUCAACACCAUCAUUUUCUUCUAUGAUGAAAACGAAGACACUUAUAUUGGAUUUGGAUGAAACCUUAAUACAUUCAACAUCAAGGGGAUCACGAGCCGACGCACAUAUGAUUGAGGUUAUGGUAGACAAUCACGCUUGUUUAUAUUAUGUGUAUAAGAGACCACAUGUGGAUCACUUUUUGAAGAAGGUAGUUAUUUUUACUGCUUCUAUGCCCGAAUAUGCUGACCCUGUGAUUGAUUGGUUGGAUCCAAAUAAAAAUUUGAUCGGUAAUCGAUAUUUUCGACAGUCUUGUACCAAUCGAAAUGGAGCUUACAUCAAGGAUUUAACAAUUAUUGAACCAGACCUUUCAAAAGUUUGUUUGGUCGAUAAUUCACCUAUAUCGUAUGCUAUGCACCAAGAAAAUGGAAUAGCAAUUGAAGGCUGGAUUAGUGAUCCUCAUGAUGAAGCUUUGUUAGAUCUUUUACCAUUCUUAGAUGCAUUAAGAUUUACUGAGGACGUAAGGUCUAUAUUGUCCCUAGCGAUUUAUUGA